CCGUUAUGUCGUUAUGAUUCACGAGCCGAUCCUUCGCUAUAGUAGGGUUAGAUGCGCUGUCGAGGAGCUGCAGAUGGGCAGACAUACUGUUCCUCAAACCAUGAUCAGUUAAGAAAGUCUGAUAUUGGCAGACGAGCUCAUUAAAAUGGCGAGAGACUUCCCUACAACAAGUCUGAGUAACAUCGACCUCGCCUCUUUACGGGAUCCCGCCGGGAUCUUCGAGCUCAUCGAGGUGGUCGGCAAUGGGACCUAUGGACAGGUUUACAAGGACGAGGAGGAUGAAAUCAAGCUGGAGAUUAACAUGCUGAAGACUCACUCCCAUCACAGGAACAUAGCCACGUACUACGGUGCUUUUGUGAAGAAGAGUCCUGCGGGUCAGGAUGACCAGCUGUGGCUGGUGAUGGAGUUCUGCGGCGCCGGCUCAGUCACAGACCUGCUGAAGAAGACCAAAGGCAGCUGUCUGAAGGAGGACUGGAUCGCCUACAUCUGCAGAGAAGUGCUGAGAGGUCUGUUACACCUGCACUCACAUCACGUGAUUCAUCGAGAUAUUAAAGGACAAAACGUGCUGCUGACGGAGAACGCUGAGAUCAAACUGGUGGAUUUUGGCGUCAGUGCUCAGUUAGACCGAACGAUUGGCAGAAGAAACACGUUCAUCGGGACGCCGUACUGGAUGGCGCCGGAGGUGAUCGCGUGCGAUGAAAACCCUGACUCCACGUAUGACUACAGGAGCGACGUGUGGUCUCUGGGAAUCACCGCUUUAGAGAUGGCCGAGGGAGCGCCACCCUUGUGUGACAUGCAUCCCAUGAGAGCGCUGUUCCUCAUUCCACGAAACCCUCCUCCCAAACUCAAGUCCAAGAAAUGGUCUAAGAAGUUUCAGACGUUUGUAGACAGCUGUCUGGUGAAGAACUACCUCCACCGGCCGUCCACAGAGACGCUCCUGCGCCACUCCUUCAUUAAAGACCUUCCCAAUGAGCGACAGGUGCGCAUCACGCUCAAAGACCACCUGGACAGGACCAGGAAGAGGAGGCCAGAGAAAGAGGGGACGGAAUAUGAAUACAGUGGCAGUGAAGAUGAAGAAGAUGCCAUGAAUGAAGAUGAAGGUGAACCCAGCUCUAUAGUCAAUCUUCCCGGAGAGUCCAUGUUACUGCUUUUGUGCUCCAGGUCUGACCGGCUGUGGUGUGUGUGUGUGUGUGUGCAGCAGCAGGAACGGCUCCUACACCAAACCGGACUCCAGUGGCCGGAGCUCCAGGAGAUGAUGUGGCAGGAAGAGACUGACCUUACCGAGAAAACCAGAAGAAACCACAAGAAACAGCCCAGAGACGGUGAACAGCACAGGACUGAUCCUGAAUCAGCGGCUGUGAGUCUGUUUGCUGAGCAGGUGAUGAGCUUCAGUAACACUGAACACUUCAGAUACGGAGAGUCACUCACACACACACCAUCUGCUGUUCUGCAAACAAAGCCAGCACAUAGCGUCCAUCAGAGGCCUUCAGGACCGCAGUCCAGCGACAGCUGCUUUCUGCCCGACCUGCUGCACAAGAGCCCCUCGCACCAGCAGAGCGCGCUCCCCAAAUUAUUCAGUAACCAGGCAGGAAAAAGCUCGUCAUCUUCCUCUUCCUCAUUCUCACCUUUCAUUGACCCGCGUUUGCUCUCUCCAUCUCAGAGUCCACAGGGAUACGGCCAGCUGAAUGGCAGGUGUGAGCCGUGCGUCAGACAGCCUCACAGGAAGGGCUCGGUGGUGAACGUCAACCCCACCAACAUCCGUCCUCAGAGCGAUGCCCCAGAGAUACGCAAAUACAAAAAGAAGUUCAACGCUGAAAUCCUCUGUGCCAGUCUGUGGGGAGUGAAUCUGCUGGUGGGCACCGAGAGCGGCCUGUGGCUGCUGGACCGCAGUGGUCAGGGUAAAGUUUACUCUCUCAUCAGCCGCAGACGCUUCCAGCAGAUGGACGUGCUGGAGGGGCUCAACGUGCUCAUCACUAUAUCAGGUAAGAAAAACAAGCUGAGGCUGUACUACCUGUCCUGGCUGAGGAAUAAGAUCUUGCGUAAUGAUCCGGAGGUGGAGAAGAAACAGGGCUGGACGUCAGUGGGGGAACUGGAGGGGUGUGUGAGCUAUAAAGUGGUUCGCUAUGAAAAAAUCAAGUUCCUGGUCAUCGCCUUGAGGAGCGCUGUGGAGGUCUACGCCUGGGCUCCCAAACCGUAUCACAAGUUCAUGGCUUUCAAAUCGUUCAGCUCACUGCCUCAGAAGCCGCUCUCGGUCGACCUGACGGUGGAGAACGGACAGAGGUUAAAGGUCAUCUACGGCUCUCACUUUGGGUUUCAUGCUAUCGAUGUGGACUCGGGGACACCCUUCGAUCUCUACCUGCCCAGUCAUAUCCAAGGUGUGAUUCGGCCGCAUGCCAUCAUCAUCCUCCCCAGCAGCAGUGGGAUGGAGCUGUUGCUGUGUUACGAGGACGAGGGCGUCUAUAUUGACACCUAUGGCCGCAUCACCAGGGAGACGGUGCUGCAGUGGGGGGAGAUGCCCGCCUCUGUGGCUUAUCUUCAGUCGAAUCAAGUGAUGGGAUGGGGAGAGAAAGCCAUCGAGCUGAGAUCCGCCAAGACGGGCAGUCUAGAGGGAGUCUUCAUGCACAAGAAGGCUCAGAAGCUCAAGUUCCUGUGUGAGAGAAACGAUAAAGUGUUUUUCGCGGCGGUGCAGUCGGGUGGAAGCAGUCAGAUCUACUUCAUGACGUUAGGACAGAGCACUCUCUUCAGCUGGUGAUGGUCUCCAUUCACAGGCUGCUGCUGGGGAAAGUACACACUCCAUAUCACAGACCAACCUUCAAGAUUCAAUCUGUCCACUUUCUGUAUUCACAUGUAAACAUUUUAAUAGAAGUGAUAUAUUAUAUACAUACUGUAUGUAAAAUAGGUGAUAUAUUGCGUUGUGUCUGACAGUGUCAGCGUUUGUCUUGAUCUGUGCUUAAAACAUAAACCUUGUUUUGCAUUUUAAUUUUAACUUUUUAUUACCAUGUCAUGUUGAUAUUUUGUCCCUAAUACCUGAUUAUUUUAUUGUAUGAUAAUAACCAUGGCUGGUACACGGUGAACCCGAUACUAACAGCUAAUAGAGUAACUGUCAAACAUUGUAGCAUCUUUUGAGGGAAAUACUGUAGCUGACAAUUCAGAAUAGAAAUGAUUGAUUACUGAUGACUGAAACCAUCUGAUAACUGCAGACAUUCAGUUUAAUUUCGCAGGCUUUCCAAGUAAACGCAUUUAAUUAUAACAAAUGGCAGUUUAUCUUUUUUUUUUUGUUUAUUAUAGCUCUCACUGUACUAAAACACAAACAUAACUAAUAAAAAAUAAAAGUAGGAUGUCCCGAGCCGAUCUCAAAGAUGGGGAUUGGGGCCGAUCAAGUGUUUUUAACUGAUUAGUUUGGGUGGAUACUCAGUGUUCAGUGACUCGGAUCGGAUCAGUGGCACGAAAGACCUGAUCGGGACAUCCCUAAAUAAAAGGUUUGUUUAGUUGCUGGUUAUACACAGGUGUUUAGCAUGCAGAUGAAAUGAUUGAUCUUUGUCUGCAGUCUGAACAUCACUAAUCAUGUGCUUUGUUUUUCUUCUGUACGUUUGAGAACUCGCCUUUGAUUGGCAUCAGUCUUUGCGGCCACUAUUUCUCAAUCCUGUUGUUGAGCACAUUUCACAGAUGACAGUGUGUUUUCUGCUCUUUGUUUUGGCCGCUGGUUCUGCUUAAUCAGGCUUCACUAUCGAUUCUUUAGGUACAUGUCAUGCAUCUGAGCUCAAGUGUAUAUAACACAAAUACAUAAUUCACAUACUUGAAUUCAUGAAAUAAAUGCAUCAGUACGUCUCUCUCUGAUAGUGUACGGUGUGUGUGAGACGUUCAGAGACGCUCAGUACACUUCUGUCACUUAACAUGUGUUCGCUGGUAGCCACAUAGUAUUAGUACAGUGUCACAGGACAGUUCUGAAACAUUGUCAUUGUUUGAAGCUUGGUUGUGUGUGGAAAUCAUAGCAAGUGCGGAGCGUCUGUGGAGGACUGAUUCGUGACGCAGGUGAUUCUGUCGUUUCUCAGCAAAGAAAAGAGAAGGGAGUGGAAGAUGAUCGUAUGAGAGAGAGUUCAAGAAAGUUGAAAUGUGGGAAAUCAGAGUUGUAAAAGCCAGAGGUGUGGCGUUUGGGAUCAGAUGGAUUGAACUGUCCAUUGAAAUGUUAUAUUUGCACUCAAAACACACGUGCUUGUGAAGAUGCAAUACUUGUGAACCACAUGCACUUUACAUCGCUUGCAUACAGACUAACUUGCUUAAUUCUGCUGUUAUAGUUUCACACAUUAUUGAUUUCACUCUUUUAUUAACAAUCCAACUCAGAAUGGCACGCAGAGGGUUUUAUAGGCUUGAUUUGGCACUCGAGAACAGACGUGUGAGCAUUAGUAUUCUGAUGAUUUGCAGCAGAGCAUCUCACACACACACAACAGUAUCAUCACUAACUGUGUUCUGGAGUGCUUCAGUAGUUUUCUCAGUCGUGCCUUAAUGUGCUCUGAAUGCCGUCAGCCUCGUGUUGUGUGUGAGACAUCAUGAAUGUAUUGAAAUGUCUGACAGAGUCGGUUUCUGUACUUUCACUUGCAAUGCUGUACAUUAACAACAGAGAAUUUUAAUUUAAUUCAAAGCUGUUUUCUUCUUCUUUGUAAUAGUGUAAUUUGACUGUAUAUUUCCUGUACUGUACAUGUUCCUAAAUACUGUUCAUUAUCAAGCACUAUUGGAAGCACCAUAUACUCAACAGUUAUGCUCGUCAAACUCCUCUUUAGGGUUUCGGUUGUAACAGCAUAUACAGUGUAAUGUGUGUGUCACAUGAAGGAAUCGAGCCAAAUAAAUGCUUU